GGAAAGAUGCAACAGCUCCAAUUCGCACGUAAGGUCAAGGCACAAACCCAGAGCCGAGGCCGAGGAGAGGAAACAAGUUGUGGCCCGCUGCUUGAGGAGAAUCCUAGGCCUACUACGGCCGUCCCUGACCAGGAGAUGAUUCCGACCCGGACGUAGAGGAAGAUGAAGAUCCUGCUGGCCGAGGACGAGGAGGCUGCGCAUGAGCAGGGCGUACUUUUGGUGGAUCUCCCUCAAGCCAAGCACCCGGCCGUGCAGAAAGAUGUGAAGGUCGUCCCACUUACUGGUGACGAUGCUAUCGACGAGCGUGUCGAGGCUGACGCUGUGUCUUUGUCCGCGGUGCUUAAAAACAAGGGCAGAAUUCUUUCGUCCUUGCAAGAAACCGUGCUCGGGUUCCCAAUGAGUCUUCCAUGGGAGCUAUUUAUAGGUUGGAUGGAUAAUCUAUCUGCUGAAGGAAAUAGACUAUCUGUUGCAUUUGCUGGCUUCACUUUGAACGAAGAGUGAGAUUGAGGAUUCUCCUUUAGAGUGGGUGUUUGGACAUACCACUACUACAAAAAAUAUCUUUUAAAUCGGUUAUUUUGACCCUUUUAAAUUGGUUUUGAACCGAUGCAAAAGCCAGCGAUGCAAAUACUCAGGUUACUUUUUGCACCGGUUGUUAAAACCGAUGCAAUAGCCCUCCCUAGAAAUGGCACCAAUUCUAGGAACAGGGUUUUUGAAUCGGUUAUUACCAAAGAACCGAUGCAAAAGCUCAUUCCCUGAAAUGGCGCCAUUUUUGGGAAGAAGUAUUUGAAUCGGUUAUUUGGUAAUAAGCGAUUCAAAUGCCU